AUGCUGCCCGACUGUCGCCGCCUGCUUGCUCGGCUUCUCGCCCUCCUCGCGCUGCUGCUGCUGAUCGUCGGUGUACAUGGCCGUAUAGGAUUGAACUGCGGCAGUCAUGGCCUGAUAUACUACUACUUUGAACAUCGUCGCAGAGAACCCAAACGGCUGCACAGGUCUGCCCUCUCCAGACUGUCCAGACUGUGGAUAGCAGCAGGUCUCCCUCCGAAGCAUAUGCCGACGCCGAUGACAUCUCAGGAUGUUCUGUAUCGUUCUACAAGAGUUGAUUUUGUUUCUGUAUGGUAG